AUAACAGUCUAGUCUAUGUCCUCCCUCUGCUUUGAUAUAGGAAUACGUAUGGACUGUGGACACCUGUGCGUGCGGCAAGCACCAACUGUCUGUAUACGUGAGAGUGCAUGCGUGGGUGUCGCAGCAGGCGUUUCUUUAUGAAUAGAGUAAUGGUGCUCCCGCCUUGAGUGGUUCGCGAAUCAGCGAGUGUGGAUUUCUCAGUGAAAAGUUGUGCCGGAAUUAAGUAAAAGAAUUUAGUGCUAUUAAAUGCAGCCUCAGCAGCGUACCUAUCGUUCUUCGGAAUUGACUGUGCAACUUGCUUGGUACACGCCGAACGUUCAGUACAAGGGAAAGGGAUAACAAAAACAUCUGUACUCGAAAUAUAUAGAUAGAGAAGGUAGACAGAAUCCACCAUAGAAAUGAUAGACAAUCGCAUCUCGAUAAUCGCAGAAAUCACGAUAGAGGGAUCUUUACCACCGGAAGCGUCAUGCUACGUCGUCUAACCGCCGAAGAUUCGCAAAAAUCUCUCCCGCGAAGUAUCGCUUUUAUCCUUCUUUCAAAACCGACAGCUAAAUACGCGAGAGAUCGUGCAUCAGCCAGUUAGUCUGGCCGUUCAUCCUUCUGCCUGGUCGUCUACCCCUUCUGAACCGUCCUGACACAACGUUUAACGGGGGUAUAAAAAGAAUAAACAUGGUGGCGGCGUGAGAGAGAUAGAUAAGGAGAAUCGCGAGAAAGGAAAAGGACGGAGAAAGAGGAAGGGUGGGAGAGAGAGAGAGAAAGAAAGAGAAGUCAGCCAGCUAGCUAGCCAGCCAGCCAGUCAGUGUGCCAGAAGCGACGAACUUCGUUUCGUGCUUGCCUUUGUUUCGAUGAAAAAUAAUCUGUCGUUCCUGAACAUCCACCCAACUUUUGCAUUUAUUCAUUUAUUAUCGUAUUAACAAACGAGAACAAAGAGACGAAAGUAACAAGUUUCUCACGAUUAACGCUGAGAGAGGACGUUUCGCUUGUAAACAGUUAUCAAGGUGCGGCCACGUUCAUCGUAUUCGCGGUGUUUGCUUCGAUUUUCAUGCGUGCACGGGGUCCACGACCGAGCGUGUGAGAAAUUCAGCAUAUUGUCUGGCAACGCGGUGCGGCUCGAUUUCGAUUUUGCAGUGUCGUCGUAGGUGUGAUAAUAUGAUAUGUUGCGAUCGAAAAAAUUCGGCACGAUUUGAUGACGACGAACGUUCGCCGGAUUGCUAUCGCGAGGAAUCUUCGUUCGAAUUGAUAUAAUGUGAACGAUUUAGCUACGAACCACAGGGAAUGUCGACGCAUGUAAAUAGAACAAGUUCGUCCGUGAUUAUACGAAUAAUUAACUGCCCGAGAAGAAUCGACAAGAUGUACUUUUCUAAUUAAAAUCCGUCAAUAAAAUUCUGCUGCUAGAAAAGAUAUUCAUCGUGUACGACGUUCAUGACCAUCGAAUGACUUUCCAUCGAUUAUCAACGAUCGUUCGGCGAGGACGAUUUACUUUUAGAAUCCUCUUCGCGACAAAUCGUUCGAAUCGAAUCGUAUAUGGCUGUUCUGAUUAACGGUUAUUACGCUUCAAGAAAGGUGAAUCUCGUCGAGAGUGAACAUCCAUUGUACGAAAAACGACAAUGUUGUUACUUUGACAGAGCUUGACGUACAUUCUAUUCGAAAGUUGUUGUCGGUCGAAGAAACUCGAAAAAAAAGGAGAAAGAGGAAAAGGAAAAAAGAAAAUAUUCAAUGGAGCGAAGUCGUUCGUGUUGGCCGGCCUGGUGCCAAUAACCUCCAGUCAGAGAGGUGGUAGACAGUUUUCGCACGAUGCGUUUGCCCUCGUGCUUGAUAGAUUAUAAAAUUAGACGUUCGAAACUUCGUACGAAGGUAAAAGGAGCAUCGCGUCGUUCCAAUGCGGUAAAGAAGGUGGAGACACUGGCUGGUGAUAACGAGCGAAGGGUCAAGCGACGAAGGGAAUUAAUACAAGUCGGAUGAAUAAUUCCGAGGGGGGUAGACAGCUGUGCAUGGUAGUCAGAAGUGACGUCAGUCGUGUUGGGUUCAUAGUUCCUCUUAUUUUCAUCGUUCGGAGCCGCGUACAGAGGCCGUGCACGAAGGGGUGACAACGAAAGCGGCGAACACGCGAAAUAAAGAAAGAAAGAAAGAAAGAAAGAAAGAAAGAAAGAAUAUACCCGUCGACGACCACGUCGAGUUUUUUUAACGAUCGACGAUCGUCGCUCGCGCUCGCUGCAACAAGAAGAAUCAUCACAAUUUCUAGUCCGCUGCAUUUACAUCGAGGAGUCUUUUUUUUUUCUUCUUUCCUUUCUCGACGAAAUAUUUUUAGACGAUCGAUUGUAUUUCAAGCCGCACGUGCGACCGCUUCAUCGGCAUCAGGGAUCGAAUCUUAUUCGACACGCUCUUCUAAAGAAUUAAUGCGCAUUUAUCGAGCACGCAUCGCACUUUGUUCGUAAUAUGCUUCGUAAAUGCUUAGGAGAGUUGAUUAAUAAUUUCAAGUUUCACUAAAUAGUCGUCGAACGAGACAAAGUAUAGAAAGAAAAGGAGAAGCAUUUCGCACGUUUCAUUUCAGCAGACACCGAGAACGAGACUGAAAUUCAAAUCGCAUUAAAUCCUUUAGUCGAUUAAUUUAUUCGAGGCGAACUAACUUACAUGAAAAGCUAGUUAACGAGAUCGGCAGAUUGAUUAGAUUUACUCCUAUAUUAUACAAAUAUAUAUAUAUAUAUAUAUAUAUAUAUAUAUAUAUAUAUAUACACACAUAUAUAAAUAUGUAUGUAUAUAUAUUGUAUACAAAUAUAAAAUAAACUGACGUAGAUCUGCAAACUCUACAAAACGGCAAGGAAGAUUGAAGUAAGGCGAGCAAUAACAGUCGCGUUUAACUAGCGUAUUAAUCUCAACGAACCAAUAUGUUUUUUAUCCAAACGACAAUACAUCGUGACACGCUAGAACAAAUAAUAAUAGCCGAAAUCACGAGAGAAAGAAGACCCUAGAGGAAGAAGACACCUUAUCGAUCCGUAUCGGGGUACGAGUAAUCAUCCAAUGAUUGCUUGUUUCGUUUCCUUCGAUAAACGACCCGUUGGUCUACCCGGGACGAAACACACGCUCCAACAUCACCGUCAAAUGGACACAAAUGACUAGCUUAACGUUAUCUUCGAGCACGUUCGAGAUGCCCCGGUCUAGACCAAAACUGUUCGUACCCGCGAACGCGAUCUCAACGCAGACUUUCACCGCUCCGACGAGCGAAAGCAAUCAUCUACCACCCCUGAAGAGUAACACUUUAGCUUUGAAGCAGUCUGCCAGUGAAUCGUCGCCUAGUUACUUGACCCGCACCAGUCACAUGGCUGGUACUCAUCUGCCGAGCUUAAGUUCCAGCGCCAACAACAGCCUGCUCAGCCUGACCGGGAACUCGGAAAGUUUAAACUUGAGCCUGAGCUCGCACACAAGCCACAACUCGAGCCACAAUUCGAGUCACAAUUCGAGUCAUAAUUCGAGUCACAAUAAUUCCAGUCAUAACUUCACUCAUAAUUCCAGUCAUAAUUUCAGUCACACCACCACCACCACCACCACUACAGCUCACGAGUCUCAGCAUACGCAGUCAAACAGUCAAUCGAGCACCGCGUUGGUGGUGAAGAAUGGAUGUUCGAACGGAAGUUCCUGCGGCAGUGGUAUACGUAAGCCGAAGACGAUUACCGCCACGCCCGAUGUCGUGCUGAAGAUUUACGUGGAUAAGCUGACGCCUUACGAACACCACGAGAUCUUUAAUUAUCGGCAUAUAUACUUUAUCGGGGCGAACGCGAAGAAGAGGCCGGGGAUAAUCGGUCGGCCUCACAACAACGGCUACGACAACGAACAUGGUUCCUAUAUCCACGUGACUCACGAUCACGUGGCCUACAGGUACGAGGUGCUGAAGGUGAUCGGUAAAGGGUCGUUCGGUCAGGUUGUGAAAGCGUACGAUCACAAGAAACAGGAGCACGUUGCCCUGAAGAUGGUCAGGAACGAGAAAAGGUUCCAUCGUCAGGCACAGGAAGAAGUGAAGAUAUUGAGGAAGCUACGCGAACAAGAUAAGGACGACACGAUGAAUAUCAUUCACAUGUUCGAUUCGUUUACGUUCCGUAACCAUAUGUGCAUCACCUUCGAAUUGCUCAGUAUUAACCUGUACGAGCUGAUCAAGAAGAACAAGUUCCUGGGCUUCAGUAUGCAGCUCGUGAAGAAGUUCGCGCACUCGUUGCUACAGUGCCUCGACGCUCUUUACAAGAACAGGAUCAUUCAUUGCGACAUGAAGCCGGAGAAUGUUCUUUUGAAACAGCAGGGACGCAGUGGUAUCAAGGUGAUAGACUUUGGUUCGAGCUGCUACGAGAACCAACGCGUCUACACGUACAUUCAAAGUCGCUUCUAUCGCGCUCCGGAGGUGAUCCUUGGCGCUAAGUACGGUAUGCCGAUCGACAUGUGGAGCCUCGGUUGUAUCCUGGUGGAGCUGGUUACCGGUUUCCCAUUGCUACCAGGCGAAGACGAGGCGGACCAACUAGCCUGUAUCAUCGAGUUGCUAGGCAUGCCACCGCCUCAGCUGUUAGAAUCGGCGAAACGGCGCAGGCAGUUCAUCAGCUCGAAGGGUUAUCCGCGCUAUUGCACCGUUAUAACGAUGUCCGACGGAUCGAUCGUAUUGAACGGCGGUUUCUCCAGGAAAGGCAAAGACCGUGGCCCACCGGGUUCCAGGAAUCUGAGACAGGUGUUGAAAAAUUGCGAUGACCCGUAUUUCCUGGAUUUCAUUCAUCGUUGUCUCAAAUGGGACCCGGAACAACGGCUGACACCUGGCAAAGCGUUGAAACACAUAUGGCUGCGUCGCAGGUUACCAGAGCUUCCAGAGAAAACGAACGACGCUCUGCCAGCGUUGCCGGCAGCCUCUGCGCCGCCUACCUCCGCUUCCGGCCUUCGUACUUCCGCGUCCGGUAGGAAGAGCUCGACCAAGUCGAACACCCUGCAGACCAACAAUACCGAGAACACGAACAAGGUGAAACAGUUGAACGACAUCUUCCACACAAUGUCUACCAUUUAUUCGGCGCUGCAACGUAACGACGGUACAAGAGGAAGAGUAAAAGGCCAACCGGUAGCAACGAAUCAUCAGACGGCAACCGUCAGCAGUCAUCCAUCUUUGAACUCUAUCAGCGGUGACGCUAGUAGUAGUGGCGGUGGUGGUGGCGACGGUAGCAGCAGUAGCACUAGUGGUGGUCAACAGCAACAGUCGCAGCCGCAGCAACAGCAACAAGCACAGCCACAGCAGCAGCAGCAGCAGCAACAGCAACAACAGCAACAGCAUAGUCACCAAUUGCAAGGAAAACAACAGCACAACAAUGGUUCGCACGGCUCGCACGGAUCUCAUGGUUCUCAAGGAUCCCAUGGUUCUCAUGGAUCGCACGGAUCCAACGGAUGGAGCAUAUCGUUCCUCGAGUGGCUGGAAACGGUGGACAACGAUUAGCAAGGACAUUCUCGAGGAACCGAGACGAUUCGUAAGAAAUACGAGGUCAGCCUUACUACCUUUUUCUAACACGUUCACCGUGUGAUCGAUACCGUGAUCGUUGGCCUCGUGUCUCGUUGACUCGUCGGAUAAUCGUCUGUCUCGACGGUCGUCUUUCGGCGCGUUGUCACAACUCGUUGUCGAACGAUACCGGGAUGUACUAAUGGUGUUCCUGCCUGUGGUAAUGUAUUCGCUCGACGAGACAAGAUUCCUCGGAGUCAAAGGAGAGAGAUAAAGAGAGGAAAAUGGAGAAAGUGGCCUCGUCUUCGACCUCCGGAUACUACUGUGAUCUACGCGAUAUGUUACUGCAAAACGAAAAGAAAAAAAAAGAAAAAAAGAAAAAUAAGAAAAAAAAAGAAAGAAAGAAACGAAAGAACUGGCGAAAAGGGGCGAAGGAACUGAAAAAUCGAUCGCGAUACCUCGAAUCACGUACCUCACCUAGCUUGGCGUUGCUCUCCAAUUUGCUUGUCCAGGAUCCAUUUCUCGUCGCCGUUUGCUCGAGAAAAGGUGGCGUUGCACGAUCUGGUCGCGUUUAAUCGAGGACGAUUGCUUUUGAUGUUCACUUUUGUGGUCGACCGCUCGAUACGAUUCGCAAAGAUAUCCCCCGCUGUGUGUGCGUUAACACGUUACGUGUAUUCGUUCGUUCGUAUCUUCUGCGUCGCGUUUGCGUCCUAUUAUCGUGAAAAUAGGGAGGACGACCACCGAGGUUAUUGUGCCAAGGGAAGCAGGGGAACCAAAGAUUUGCGCCACGUCGAUGAAUCGAUUCUCCGAAGGUGAGAAGCGGUAGUCGAGAGGUUUAUUCAGUUGACGCGCGACCGUUCUCUAUGAUACCGAGGAGGAGGGUCGCUCGGCGAAGCUCGUUCGUGGAUAUUUAGGACGUGGAUAUCUAGACAUUACCAAGGCGCCGCGAUACGAGGACCUUUUCACGUUCAACUAAGAAAUCUAAUAAUCAAAGGGCAUGUGCCUCGCUGAAUAGAUCGAUCCGAGAAGCUUUUUAGGUCAGAAAAUUCCUCUGUAAUACUAUCGGUAUCGAGCAGAAGGGAAGGUUGAUUUUCCCUCGGGUGUGCCAGCGUAAUUGUUGAUUAAAGGAGAUCAAGCUUGUCUCCUUCGGCUCGAGCCGAAGCAUCGAUCAAACGGGACACGACGAUCGUGAAAAUAAUGGAUGCUGUUUUUCCAAGAACACGAAGGAACCGACGUCGAUAUCGAGAAAAAAAAUUCAUAAGAUACGAAAGCAUUAGCAUUCGCUACACGUUUGUUUUUCUUCCUUUUUACCUUUUCAAUGUAAUUUCAAUUUCGUUUUCUUUCUUUUUUUUUUUUUCUUUCCUCUUUCUUUUUAACGUAACAUACGAAGUAAGCAUUUUAGCCGCGUUAAAUUAUUCCGAGCGAAAAUACCAAGCUUGGUCGCAAGUUCCUUUAUCUUUUUCUUACCGAAAAAAAAAAAAAUAAUAAUAAAAAUAGACUGCGCGUGAACGAAAAGCGAGCUUGAAAUAGACCAGUAUUCUCUGAUGAUAAUACUUCGAAGACGUCUGAUACCUUGAAGACGGGUUUUAGAAUCGGAUCCGCGCUUCACCUUUGAACUUUCGUCUCCUUUGUCCGCGAGCGUGAACUUCCAAUUCGAAGACGAACUUUUCCAGCUGAACUCGUUAAAACCGGUCUCUUUCAAUUUCUACCAAAUCCUCACUCCCGCGAAAUACUCUUGCGAUCGACUUUCCCCGCGCCAUACGCGACAACUGCCCCGAAUCUCGCAUUACGUAUUCAUUAUUCUCUGGUCGUUUAUCAGCAUUUAUAUUCCAAUUCUUCUCGAAAGCGAACAAAGAAAGACUCGAAAACGGUAGCUCGUGGCAACGAGGGCUGUUCAUUUAAUCCUGCAUUUCGUAGCGUAAGCCGUGAAAAUGCAUUUAUCGCGGGGAAUCGCGUCGAACGAGGAUUCGGACGCGGAUGCGAAAACGGAUUCGCGAGCUUCGAGCUCGCCGCUCCAGGUUUUCUUCCCUCGUCUUUUCAUGGAAAAGGCGCGCUUUGCAAUUCGAUAUCGUAACGGCGGAUAGCCCGGCUCGUUCUAACGGCAGAUUUUCAAAGAAAAUUGGUACGAGAAACGAUGGCGGGCACCGACGUGCGCGAAUCUGCCGAAGGAGAUCCCGCUCGUAUAAUUCGGUUGCGACCCUGGCACAAAGCGAAUUCGUGGUAAUUUUAGUUUGCUCGGUGAGCGCUCGAUGCGUUUCACGAUAUCGGCGAAAACAUCCUAAAUGGAAGGACGUGCACGAGAUGUGGACGAACGACGAUCAAAAUGAACGAGGAGACAGACAGCGCGAGGAUAUAGCGUAUAGAAAACGGUAAGGAGAAAGAGAGAGAGAGAGAGAGAGAGUGAGUGAGUGAGUGAGAGUUAUCGGGGUGGCGAACGAGACGAGAGAGAAGAAAAUGGCCAUAAAUUAGCCAACGAUGAGACAAGUUAUAAUGUGACGAGUUACGAAAAGAUAGAGACGUCAAUCGAGAAGCGUGUUUGAUAAAAGAAACGAAUUGUGGGAAGGGUGGGAUGGGUGGGGGGAUAUAAGCAGCGAGACACGGAGGUCAUUAAAUCGUGAUAUUGAACAUGAUAUCUUGUGAUAUGGAAUUUAGGUGUACUGGGGUUCACGUUGAUGAACAUAGAUAAAUAUAGAUAUAUAUAUAUACAUAUAUAUAUAUAUAUAUAUAUAUAUAUAUAUAUGUAUGUAUAUAUAUAUAUGAAACGCGUCUAUAUAUUAUAUAUUAUAAUACGUUGUAACGCUGAUUCAGAGAGGAAAAAAGAAAAGGAAAAAAUAUCGCUACGAUUAUUAAAGAAAUACGCGCGUAGUGAGAAGUAGUGAGCUAAAAGAAAAUAAAAUGAAACGCGUUACAAGGAGCGAGAAUGAACAAAAAGAAAAAGGGAAAAAACGGUUUCGUGGAACGUUGCACGAUUAUUAUAUGUGUACGUAUGUAACGAUAUCUUUCAAGAUUCCUUUUUUCCUUUUUAUUUCUAAUUUCUCUUGUGAUUGCGAAUCUUCGUUAGCCCCCUCUUUUUUUUUUUUUUUUGCUUUUUUUUAUUUCCUUCCUUUCGUAGAACGUACACCGCGUUCGCGGUACCGUUUCCGAUUAAUUUUGUCCGAGAGAGAACGUCCACUCGUCUUCUCUUCUCUCCUGUCUUUUUUUUCUUCGUAUUUUUUUUUUUUUUUUUUUUAUCCUUUUUUCUUUCGUAACGCUUGUAAAGGCUCGUUCAUCCGCCGGUCGAGGAACGCGGAGGAAACACAAGCAUCCGCCGAUCGAUCUUUCGUGGUCGCGUCGGAUUUUAGUUUCAGCUGGAUUUUUCGCGUUACGUUAGCAAGCAACGUCCGCGCGUGAUCCAACGAUCGAUCGUUAAUACCACUGCCAAUACCUUCCUACAUAAGUUCGGGCUCUCCGUUUUCUCGUAGAUACGCAGAAAAGUGAUCGCAUGUAUUAUUUACGAUCCUAGUCUCGUGCAGUGAAAAUUUCAAUAGCGCGUGCUCGUCGUCGACGUCGUCGUCGUCGUCGUCGUCGUCGUGUUCGCACAAGGAUUAUCGUAAUGAACGCGCUGGGCAUGCUUAUAGGCCGUGUGUGUCAUUGUUAUAAAUAAUAGGUAGCAUUUUCACACUGGUUGGUAUAAGAAAAAAGUUCGUAUUAAAAAAAAAAAAAAAAGAAAAGAUAAGAAAAAGACAACUGUAUAGACGCAGGUGAAACGUUUACCAUUUACUCAAGUUUUGUUUUAUAAUAUUAACCGGAGAUGUAGGUCGCUCGAGUUUUUACCUACGAUUUAAUUUAAUCGAUCACUCACUGUGCUUUACUGUGAUCAAAACGUUGUCCAUAUUCGUUGUCGGUGCAAACUUCGGCUCAAACUAAUCAUGUGUAUACAUUACAUUAUCGACUGAUCUCGAAGAAGAUUGCGCAGAGAAAUUCGUUGAACAUCCUGCUUCUCUUCUUCUUCUUCUUCUUCUUCUUCUUUUUCUUAUUUUUAUUUUGUUUUGGAAAGAAAGAGAGAGAGAUAUACCUAUAUAGAUAUACGAUAACUAUAAGCGAUUAGGUCUCUCUACGUUCUUCUUCCUACGUUGUUUUCUCUUCUUCUUUCCUUUAUUUUUUCCCUCCUCUUCUUUCUUUUUUUUCCCUUUCUUGUUUUAAUUGCUUUCUUACUACUCAUGCAACGCGUCCCGACGCCAAUGAGUUUUAAGCGAUGGCUUUAGGCUUAUAACGUAUACACGGCCGGGAUAUAAGCGCGGACCGUUCCAAGGUCGAGGCUUUAACUCAAGGCAAACGAGGGUGUGUUCCGAUUGUCUGGAAGGCGUGCUCGAAGAUUCCUCUUCUGGCGAAAAAAAGCCGCGGAGGGAAAAAAGAACCAGAUACGGACGAUACGUUUUCGUUGCUCGCGCGCUUCGCUCCUACUUUGUAUUUCCUUUUGCAUUGCUUCGUUGAAUUCUCGUGUUCGAUGCAAAACGACGAAACGAAAAAUCAAGACUACCAAUCCGCCUUGACCUUCCAUAACCGAAUUUUUCUUCCGAGAAAGACGAUGCUGCUAAUUACAGUUUUUCGUUCUUACGAGAAACAACUAAGAGUCGUCCACUGUCAUAAAUGGAUCGUUUAACAAAAUAUCGAUGUUACGAGGAUAGAAAGAAACGUGUAACGAGGUGAGAACGAUACAAGAUAAUUCUUGAAACGUAUAAACGGACGAAUGUACGAAGAACGGUCUGUUGCAAAGAGUAAACUUGGAAAUUAUCUAUCCACGUACUGUUUUAUUUAUUUAUUACUGCAACGUUAUAUUGGGUCGUCCGGAAGACUCGUCCGGAUUUUUAAGGAAUAUAAUCGACGUAAAAAAUCAUAUUGAAAAGUUGUUCGCCGAGAAACCUAAGAGGCUUUCAAAGAACGACAUAUUCAAGUUGCGCGAUAGAUGGAGAAAAUCUAUGGGAGGAAAUGAUGUUUGUAUAAUUUAAUAAACGUACAUCGAAUCGAAAUGUAAAAUCGCAACAAGCUUUUCGGACGUCUCGAUAUUUCAUCGAUAUGUCAUGGCAACGUUAAACGAUUUAUUUAUAACGGUAACGUAACUUACAAAAUUACGUAUUGAUAUUUUUAUUUCAACUACGAUACGUUGUUACGGCUGCGCCGAGUCGCGGGUUGGGAUAUUUUAUUUAUAAAAUAAUUGUUCGUGAUCUUAGGUUAAAAUUAAAAUCUGCGAUUAGCUUCGAUCUCUUCUUCUCGUAAGUAAUUGAAAUUCCGGUUAUAGAGGGUUAAGGAUACUCUGCCUGUAAACACGGAACAAUACGUACCUAUAGCAGCGAUAUUUCUAAAAUCCGAAACGAGACAGCCUUUUAAAGGACAAUGAAACGCAUUUGUUCGCGAAUCAAGUGUUAUUUGAUAUCGAUGUAUCGUACGUAUAGGCGGUCGUCGGUGUGCUCGAUAGCCGGACGAUGAAUUUUCUAAAAGGAGCCCGGCCAACAUCAAAGCUGCCUAUUAAAAAUAAACGCUGUCACGGAUUUUCACGAUAUUCACCUGGCGGAAAUGCAUAUUAAAGCUUAACAACCGACCACCCUCUACCCCGUGUACCUAUGUAUCGUGUCCGGGUAUGCAUGCAUCUCUUCGGCUUGUACGAACACGAAAAUGUAGGACGCGCGACAAAAGAACUAACCGGGGAAAAACGGUUCGAUCGGACGAAAACGGAACACGGAAGGGUCGAUGAAUUUUUGCAUGUUGGACCCAAUAGCGUCUGCACCGCGUGUUUUCGUCUCUUUGGGACCGAAUGAUCUAACUCGCGGCGAGAGAAACGAAAGUCGAGGGGAGACACCGCGACCAAGGGCUAAAGCCGAAGUUGCUUAGAAACGACUAGAAUACUUGGUAGUAGGAUACGCUUUUCGAGAAACGUACUUUGGUGAAUCGCAGCGAAGCGGAGUAGAUGACGAGCAUAGAGAAAGUUUAGGAACAUAAAUCGAGGAGAAGACUUUCUCUUCGUAUGGAAAAUCGAAAUGACGAGAUCGAAGAUGGAAGCAAUCGAUCGUCGAAGAACGAAGAAUGUCGUUUACCCCGGUUUACUUGAAUCGUCGUAUCCGUUAGACCCUGCUACGGUCUUCGAGCGAUUACGUUCUGAUAUCGGUCUCGUUUCAACGAGCAGAAAAAGCUUUGGCAAGUUCGAGGGAAACUUUGGUAUCGAGUCGAAACGAGAAAUCCUUCAUAUUGACGAUGAUCCUUCGAUUUAACGAAAUCUUUUAACGACAGCGGUGAAACAGAAAUUCAGAAACAUCGAGUCCGAAGAAUGUAGCAGGGUCGAGGAAACUUCGAAAAGGUGUUAUGCGAGUGAAUGUUAGUAACACCGCGUUAAGUGCUUUUAUUAUGCGUCUGCGUCGCGAUGCGUAUGUAAUACGCAUAUUAUGGUACAACCUCGAUGCAUGGUGGAUAAUGUGUACAUACGCGCGCACACACAAAUACACACGUAUGUACACACGUACAUACAAUGUAUAAUACAUAGGACAGUGUGUCGUACGACGGUAUAUUUUAAUAUUCGUAUUGGAAGAAAGUCGUUGGAUAGAGAAAAUACGGUUGAUACAACGACAUGAACGUUAUCGGUCGCCAAUCUCUGUACAAAUCGAAAAUUAUUGAUCUCUAGUCUGUCCGAGUGUUUGUCUCUGAAUUAUUCAAAAACGUAAGACGAAUAUCUCGCGAAUUGUUAAUCGAGAACGUUAUCGAAUAGAGGAUGAAACAAAGUUUCAUCGAGGAAAGAUAAACUGACGCUUACACAUUGUAUCGUUCGAUUUUCCGACUUUAACGAAAGGGCCUGUAAGAAUGUGAAAGAAAACAGUAAGCUAUAGAGAGGAAAAGGGAAAGAAGGGAGGAAACGCGCGAUACGAAAUCUUGCCAAGAUCGUUAUAAUGGAAAACUAUAAGCGAAAAACACGAUAAGUCACGUUUCCCACCUUGAUAUAUUCUUCUUAAUUUUUUUUUUUUUUUGGACAUAAUGUUGAAAUAUUGAAAGAACAUCGGGGAUAUUGAAAUAUCGUUUGUUUGAACGAUUAUACUUUUGGCUGAACGUGACAGACUCUUUUCGUCAAAAUUUUAUACUAAACGGUCAUAUACUUAUUGUGUUUCUUUUUCUGUGAUUUCUAAUUAGAUAUAUAUUAAUCCAUUAUUAACUGCCGUAGUAUUUCUUUCUAAAAUUUGUAUAUAAUUCUAUGAAUUUUAGUUGAGUAAAUUCGAUCAAAAUACGUAUAUAUAUAUUAUUAACGCGUAAGAAUAUCUCAAGUCGGUGGACACGCACCGACUUGAGAUAUUCGCGAAAAAUUGUUUUCGUUGUGGAGCAAAAAUCAUGGCAGUUAGUUUGUUAAUUAAUACGUACAUAUCUGCGUACAUUCGUAAGUUAUAAACGUUUACGGGCGCGGUAAUUAGGGGAUUGGCGAAUUAAUCUCCGGGGACGUGGAUUUAUCGAAUCGAUCAGCGCGGCGUGGUGGCUUCAAGUUCGUUGAACGCCGGCUGCCUCGUUCCGUGACCUUACCUCUUUCCGAUCUCGCCAUUCCGGUGAAUCUCCGUGCUGCCUCCUCUCUUUUUCCUCUCUUUUUCCUCUCUUUUUCCUCUCUUUCUCCCUUUCGCUUGCCCAGUCGUCAUCGUUCGAAAAGUGAAACACGAUUGGAAUCUCGAUCCGUUUUACUCCGCUUCUAACGCGCGUCCCCGCCGCUAUAAUCGAACAUCUCGAACGCGAACGUCGUCGUCAUCGUCGUCGUCAUCGUCGUGAUCGCAAUCGUCGCCGCGUUCGAUCGUAAUGCUGAUUCUGUGAUUCGUAUAAAAUGAAUCGAUCGUAGCGGCGAAAUCACGCUCGUCAGGUGAAAAUUCGUGUGGUUUAGCGACGAACCUUGACGGAACACGCCCAACAGCGUUUACAAAGGGCUCGAGCUAGAAGAAGUAAUAAAGUAAUCGUUAAGCGAAUAGUGGUAAUCGAUUAUAAGCUGUAAUACUAGGUAAGGAACAAGUGGAACGGGAGACUAACGUUAAUCGAAUCGAAGUUGCACGAAGACGAGAAACGAAAGCGUGAAAGAAGAGAAGGAAAGGAGGAAGGAAGAAGUAGCAGGAAAUAAGCGAAAGGAAAGAAAAAAAAAACGAAAAAGUCCGCUAGAUCUUAGAUAGUUCCGCUGAUAUUCAAUUCCUUUGUGUCUUCUUUUUUUAUUUGUCCUUAUUUUCUUUUUUUUAUUUUCUUUUUUUUUUUUCUUUUUUAUCUAGCGACGAGAACGACGCGUUCCGAUGUAUAUUUAUUUUAACCCGCGUCUCUCUUCCGGAGGGAACGACCAAUUGAUCGUGCGCCGUAGCGUAUCACGACUUUUAUUUCGUGUCCAACGAAGCGUGCAUUUUUAUUCGCUGUGAAACACUGCCUCUCGCCGCCACUGUGUGUUUUAUUGGCCGAACAAGCAUCGCGGAGAUCGAUUGAUUUUCACGGGUCGGUCGAACGCGACUCGAAGAUCUGUCGCGAAAAUAAAAAUGAGAAAGGAAAGAAGCAGAGAAAGAGGCGGAGGAGGAGAAAUGAAAAAAGAAAGAGAGAGAAACAGAGAUCCUGGCGGCUUUCCCAACGGACCGUAUCACCGCGUGUUCGCCGUGGUCGAACUAAUCCGUUUGCGAAAAAGCUUUCCGGCCUCGUAAACAAACCGUUUUCAUACCAGAUAUACGAUAGCCACUGGAACCGUAGAAUUUUAACAACACGCAACUGAUUUUUAAUCUCUGCAUGCGCGUCGAUCGAAUCCAUAUCGGACGCACGUAUCUUACUUCUUUACUCCAUAUCCUCUCUUCCCACUUCUCUCUCUCUCUCUUUCUCUCUCUCUCUCUCUUUUUCGUUUUUUAAUUUUUUGUUUUCUAUGAAAAACGCGUUGUACACGCACGAUCGACGAAUGUGCAAAACGAUCGUGUCACGGCUCGAUAAAACACACGGUACGCGCGAAGGUAAGAUCGAUAGUCGUACAAACAAGAUUUCUAUGUCCGAAGAAAGAAAGAAGAAAUAGAAGAAAAGUAUGAGAGAAUAGUAGAGCAACGACCGAAAAUAAUAGUAUGCUGCCGAUAGAAUUUCGUAGAGUCGUCGUAAAAGACACUUAGAACAAGUUUGUACGAUGAAAAUGAAAAAUACUCUGUACAAAAUAUAUAUGUUACAUAUAUAUAUAUAUAUAUAUGCGCGUAUAUAUAUAUAUAUUACAUACACACGCAUAUGCAUAAAUAUCCUCCCUCGAUUUAACGAUGUUCUUUUUCGCACGCGUACGUUUCUGCACGCAACUCUUUUAUCCUUGUAUCCGCGGAUCGUUUUCCGAAAGUGGUACCAUUCGUUCCACGAUAAUAUGUAUUUUGUAUUAUCGUUCGUUUUUAGUCAACGUACUACCCGCUUUAAGGCCUUUUCUAUAUUUUUUAGUCGCAGAACGCUCGCCGUUAAACGGUCGGGCGAACGAGCGAGAUAUUUCGUUCGAUCAUGUGCCGCUGCAACGGAGAGAAAGAAUUAUGGGAAAAGUAAUGAAUGAGAGAGUAUGCGAGUAUGUGCGUGUAUUAUGAGUGUGUGCACACGAGGAGAGAAAGAAAGGAGAAUAAUAACGUCUUUCACGAGGUAAAGAUAUUUUAGCCUGUCAUCGUUCGCGCAUCAAUUGUACCAUACAAAACAAAUCCCUCGAUUCGUCCGUUUUCAUCAUUGCGUUUACACUUCAUUUUUAUUGAAUCGACCUCUAACGAUAUCUAUGAUCGUCUUGUAUUUGAUUGUGUACCUCGAUUUGUAUAUAUAUACAUAUAUAAAGAAAGAUAAAAAAAAAAAAAAGAUAAAAAAAAAAGCUGAAAAUAAGAAACGAAUCGUCCCUCGUUGAAUGGCGGACGAUUUUAAAACGAAAAGUGACUGACUUUAGUACCUCUACGAUGUUACACCCUUUACUUAUCAUCAUUGCAAUCUUCUACUUUCUUUGUUUUUUCUGUUUUUCUGGGUUUUUUUUUUCACGAACGGAUCAUCGUUCUCAUUUCGUGGAUUAGUUGCAGCGGCAGCUUAAUAAUAACCAUCCCCAUCGAGCUACUGCGCGCUUUUGAUAAGUCCUGUCUCCAGAGAGUAUGCGUAUGAACCGUCUUUUGUUCGUUAAUUUGUUCUCUUCAUCCUGUGCUUCGCUCUACCACGGAUAGAUUAGACUGCGGAUUCUUAUACAGUUUCACGUAUUUACGAAUACACCUGAAGAAAUGGAAUCUAAAUGGCAAUUUGUUUCACUCGUUGAAUAUUAUUAUUAACUAGUAUUCCAUUUUGCAGACUUUACACAGUUUCGUGCUUUCUAUGCGUUCUAUGCAUCCUCGUACCUUCAGAUUUCACCUUCAGAGUUCACCUUAAAAUACGCAUAAUAAUCCGCAGCCUACGCGCGAUUAAGAACGUUAAGUUUCGUAGGGUAAAACGUGAUUUCUUAAGCGGCAAUGCGAAACCUUUGAUCUCUAACACGCGCGCAUACGACCUUAUAAUAAAUACGCAUUUGGUGCGCGCGUAUACAUACGUGUAGAUAAAAAUACGUUAAAUUAGUAAACGAAAUGCGGAGAAUCAUGUUCGUUUGUUGCGUUCAACGUCUUUUCUUUUUUUUUUUUUUUUUUUGUUUUUCGUUUUGAUUUUUGACCCCUUUUCUUCGCGCUCGCUUGUUCCUCGAGUACGAACGAACAGGGGAUGGAAGCAACCCGUCGUUGUACAUCCUCUCGUCAGGAGAACGCAACUUAUACAUAUGGAAUAUAUAUAUGAAUGGUACGAUUCGAGCGUUUACGAUGAUUAGACGUGUAAAUGGUGUAGACGCGGUGAUAAACACGUGGGAUAGUUAUUAUAAAAUGUCUUGUCGCCACAUUUGUCGGGAAACCCCUGGAAACCUCCGAUACACAAGCGUAAUUGUAACGCGUUCUCGCCAAGAGUCACGAGAACGAGAAACUGAUUUUUUAAAGAACUGCUCUGACUUGAUUAAUAAGAAACGAAAUAAACGCUGCUUGAGACAGUUAA